AGAAAGUUCGAUACACCAGGCCAGCCUCGCACCCAAGACCACCCCCCAGACCAAGGACCCGCCAUUACCGUCACGAAGCCCUGCUGACUCUUUUCUGACUGGAUUUCCUCGCUCAGCACAUACGCCGGGGGGAUCAGCGCCUCCUGACUCCCCGCUGCUGGCUUCUGGGGCAAAAUGUGGUCCGGGGCCCCCCAGUGGGCGUCAUGGGCCCUGCAGCCCCAGCACUACCAGAACAUGAAGCCAGAGGAAGCCUCAGCGGUGGACUGGGCCGCCUUAGCCAAGCAAUGGAUACAGAUGAAGGAGACCGUGGCCCCUGCCGCACCUCAGGACACCCUACACCAACAACAACAACAACAGCAGCAGCAGCAGCAGCAGCAGCAACCACAACACAGCCAGCCCACACCACAACCCCAGCACCAGCAUCAACCCCAGCCGCCCCCAGCUGCCUUAGUGCCGCCAGUCUCCAGUGCCAGUAUGGUUCCCCCAGUGGCAGCCUCAGCAUCAGCAGCACCAGGGGGGGAGGAGGUGGUGCUGGGGGGUGGGGAGAUGGACAUGGAGAUAGAGGAUGACAAGGGACCCACGAGCAGCAACGACCAGCAGCAGAAUGGCGACCUCUGGAGUGGGUGGAGUGGUGGCGGCGGGGGAGAGUGGCCUCCCACCCAGACAGGGAUGGGGUGGGGCUGGGGCUGGCCGGUGGACUCGUACUCCCAGGGUGCGGCUGCCAGUGCCCCGGACCUGCCGCCACACCAGUACAACACCAACAAUGUGAGUCAGUGGCCGACGGUGGCUGGUGAGUACGGGUGGCCCAUGGUUAGCGGCGGGGGCAGCGGUCCUGGGGGGGAGUACGCCAUGGGUGACCCCAGGGAGCAGAGACCCAGGGACUUCCCUGUCGGCGGCCUUGACCAGGACCGGCCCAGCGCAGCCAAGGAGGCGGACUUCCAGCUUGACGCGGCACAGAGGAAGAAGCUGCCGGCGUGGAUCAGGGAGGGGCUGGAGAAGAUGGAGAGGGAAAAGCAGAGGAAGCUGGAGAAGGAGCGGCAGAUGUCCGAGAAGGAGGAGAUGCUCAAGAGGAAGAGGGAGGAGGAGGCGCGGGCAAGACGCAUCCUGGAGGAAGACUUGGCAAACGAUGGCAAGCCUCGCAUCCCCAGGAAGAGCAAAUUUGACAGUGACAGUGAGCCCUCAGACCGCAGCCGCUCGGCCAGCCCUGAGACCACCACACCGGGCCUUGGUCUGGUCAGAAAGAGGCGGUCCAGGUUUGAGCCACAGGGGGGCGGCAGAGGGGGGCAGGCAGACCACCCCAAGGAGAAGGACGGAGCGGUGGAGGAAGAGGAGGAGGAGGAGGAAGAGAGAGAGGAAGAGGAGAAGGAGGAGGAGAAGAAGGAGGAGGAAGACAUCAAGCUGACGAGGAGACUUUCGUCACCUGAGCCGCUCAAAACGGAUGAGGAGAGGAUGCAGGAGAUGAUGAUGAAGCUACGUCGGUGGAUGACAGAGAUCCUGUUGGACGUGACCACGGACAUGAUGGAGGAGGUGGCAGCGGAGGUGGUGAACCGCGCCCGCAUGAAAGCUCCGGCAGUUCAGGUCAAGAAGAGCUCAGCCCUUGCCUCUUUGUCGGGCGGCAUUGGGCUGGGCAUCUACAGCGACAGUGAGAGCGAGGGCGAGGGGUCUGGCGGCGGCCGGGGGGACACAGACAGCGACGAGGAGCUGCGACAGACCAUCCGCCGCAAGAGGAAGGAUUUCCAGGCCACAGAGCGAGACAUUCUCCAGCGCCUGCAGGCUGAGGAGAUGGCCGAGCGUGGCAAAAAGUCCCGGCCCCAGGAGUCUGAGUCUGAGGAGGAGAGUGAGGAGCAGUCAGACAGAGUGGGACAGGAUGCCAAGAGUGAGGGUGAGCCAGACAAGGCCACUCACCAGCUCCGGGAGGAAGAGGAAUACCCUCCAGGCAUGGGUAAUGGAAAACCUGUGAAAUUUGUCCCACCCCAAGACCCCGAGGUGGACUCAACCCAGCCAGACAAUAGCACGCCUAACGGGUCUUAUAAAGAGGACAAUGACUCUAAGGCAUCCGUAGAGAGUGUGGAUUCUGAGGAGGAUUCUAAGUCGUCCUUAAGUGACCACUCCCACUCUAGUGAUGGGAAGAGGAAGAAACGGAGGAAAUCAAAGAAAGAUAAAAAGAGGAGAGAAGGGAGGAAAAGAAGUAGAAGUAGGUCAGGCAGCAGAGGGAGAGAAGAAAGGAGAGAACACAAAAAGAAAAAGAAGAGGAAAGAGAUCAGCCGCAGCAGGAGUAGGAGUUCUGGGGAGUACAGUCGAUACAAAAGCAGAAGUAGAAGUAGGGAAAGUUACAGGAGGAGGAGAGAGAUAAGCCGGACGCCCAGCGUGGAAAGGUCAUCAUCCCGAAGACACCACAGUAGGGACACUAGGUCGAGGUCGCGGGGCAGGGACAGGUCCAGAGCAAGGAACAGUGCCAGAGGGUGGUCAAGAGGCAGGCACAGGAGCAGGUCUCGUGGCAGGAAGAGCAGCAAGAAGCACCGCAGGGGGAGCAGUAGGAAUAGGGGUAGGGAACGCCACCGCAGCUACAGGGACGGGAGUGAGGACAGUGCCAGCAGGAGCAGGAGUAGGAGCAGGAGCAGGGAUUAUCCCCGCAAGAGGGACAGAUAUCAUUCGAGGUCACGGAGCAGGUCAAGAACGCCCAAGAGGUCAAAGAAGCGUCGCAGGUCUCGGUCUCUCAGCUCCACAUCCUCUCUGCCCAAGAAGUCGAGGGUCUCGCGGUCAUCCUCGUAGGCAAGUGAAGCUCCUCUCGUGAGUGCUGUGGUAAGACAACCCCCAGUGGGAGGAUCUUGGGCUGUUGGUCGAGGGUUCGCUGCCACCAUCAAGAUGCGUCGCUGCCGAGACAUGCAAGGGUCUGGCUGAGCAUCAGAAGGGCCUGUGAUGCAUCAGCCUGACUCUUGCAUGUCUUGGCGGCGACGUCACCUUUACUCACUGUAUCCUAAAAUUGGUCAGAUGUGUACAGUUCCCUGGACAAGAAGUUCUGUAAUUUAUUUACACUAUUAAAGUUAAGGUCCCACUGCAAGAAUAAUUAGUUCCUUGAAUGUGAAAUAUUUAUAUUUGAGAAUGACAUUUCUGUAACAGCAUUUUAGUCUUACCAUCCUUCUCAAAUAGCACGCUUCAUAUUCAAGCGAUUGGCCUUUUCUUUCAGGUUAUUUGAACAUAAACUUUGCUCAUGUAGUUGACAUGAAAUACUAGAAGAUUUAUA